UGCCCUUCAUGUGUAAAUUCUCUAGGGCUCAAGACCGACCUGGACAGCAAGCUCUUCGGGCAGCACAUCGCGUCCCGCAUCAUUUUAAAAGCCGUGACCGGGUUUAUGAGCAACGACAACCCCAAGAAGCCCCUGGUGCUCUCCCUGCACGGAUGGACCGGCACCGGGAAGAACUUUGUGAGCAAGCUCAUCGCCGAUAGCAUUUAUGCAGAGGGAAUGCACAGCGGCUUCGUCCACGUGUUCACGUCCACGCUUCACUUCCCGCAUGCGGAGCACAUCGCCACCUACAAGUCUCAGUUACAGCAGUGGGUCAGAGGAAACGUGUCCAACUGUGAGCGCUCCAUGUUCAUCUUUGAUGAGAUGGACAAGAUGCACCCGGGCUUGAUUGACAGCAUCAAGCCGUACCUGGACUACUAUGACAAGCUGGAUGGCGUUUCUUAUCGGAAGUCAAUAUUCAUCUUUCUCAGCAACGCAGGAGGAGACAGCAUCAUCCAGACAGCCCUGGAUUUCUGGAAUGCAGGGAGAAACCGAGAAGAGAUUGAGCUCAAAGACCUGGAGACGGCCCUCUCCCUGUCUGUCUUCAACAACAACAACAGCGGCUUCUUUCGUACGAGCUUGAUCGACAAGAGCCUGGUGGAUUUCUUCGUUCCCUUCCUGCCUCUGGAGUACAGACACGUGGUCCAGUGCGCCAUGGCUGAGAUGAAAGCCAGGAACAUGAAACCGAACCACGAAACGGCGGACAACGUUGCCAGAGACUUGGUCUACUUCCCCAAAUCCGAGAGGGUGUUCUCCGUCAAAGGCUGCAAGUCGAUAGAGAGCAAACUGGACUUCUUCUCAUAACGUGAGCAUCUGAAGGACCCAAGGAUGAGCCACUACAUGCACUUUAAGAAAAGAAAGAACUUUGAAGCCAAAUGACUAAAGACAGGAAGCAAUUGUGACCGGAGAGAGUUUUGUGGAGGUUUCCCUGUCUGACCUUGUGGCCACCAGCGUAACAGGAGGCCUUCUCGCUUACACUGAAUGAAGAGAUCAACGUCAGCACAAUAAAAUAUUCAAACGAUCGGGACACGAUCCUUUGUCGCUGGUUGAAGAGCCCAAUCUCUGCUUUUAUGUUGGCAGCCUCAGACGGUUGUUUUCUGGGGGAAAAAACUUUUAAUAGCGGAUGAUGUCUCCUGCCAGGGAAACCCUUACCCUGUGGAGUGGCUCUACACCGCGGUCUCGGUGUGAACAGCCUAUGGGAAGUAACUGCCUUAAAUCUUUAUCUCACUGUCUCUCUUUUUUAGCGGAACUAAUUUUACACAUCCGCCAGACUUUUGUGUUGAGGGUAGGGGAACAUAGCUGAAAAAUUCUUUAUUUUAAUUCACAGACUCUUAAUUUCCUUUUUUAUUCUGUACUGUCAAAUCUCAUGACAUGCUUGCAAAGAUUACAUGUGAGUAAAAUGAAAUGUCAAAACACGAUUGACUGUCCGCCGUCUCUGACUCAGGAUCGUCGUCUCAUCAUAGGUUCUGAAGAUUUGGGAGAGAAAGAAAUUUGUGUUGGCCUAAUAUUUCCUAACCCGAAGCUUUGUGUGUAAUAAAAAGCGGUUCUCCCAAGUCUGCACAUC